GACACUUUGCUUUUUUACUUUUUCAUUGAGCUGCUCGUUAUUUUGAAAAAUAUUUUUGUUGAUGUUUCAAGUAGAAGACUCGUACUGUGGUUAUCAUUUACUUACAAGUGAAGUGAAGAAGAAAGUUGAAAAAUGGCUCCAAGAGAAACAAAGUUAACGCCAAAAGUACAACGAGUUAUCGUUAAAACAAAUACCACGAAAAAGCCGACCUCUUCGACAAUUAAAAAACCGAUGUCCACUAGAAAGCCGAUAGAACAAACUCCCCUUAAAGUGAAUAACGUAAAAAUGAACAUGGGAGAUAGAUCAAACUCGACGAUGACGGCUGCGACUCCAAGGCCUAAAGAGAACAAGCCAGUUCCUUGUCCUGGCAGCGUUACCAAGAGCGCUAAAAAGUCCUGGAAGCGCCGUCCUAAGCCUGCACACUCCGGCGUCCCAGUUCCGGAGAAAAUGAAGAGGAUUCUUCAACAACAACUCCAAGACUCUGACUGUAGUCUUUGAACUACUUCCAAAGAAAAGGUAAUGACUUGAAUUGUGCUAGAAACAUAAGAGUUCAUAGAAAACAUGUACUGAAUUACACUUAUGUACCUAUGUAAGUAAAUAUGGUAGGUAUCUACUGAGAAAAUCAAAAAUUUCUCCAUCUUUGUAAAUA